CGCUCAUGCAAUCCCGCUAGAUGACAAAGGAUCAUUAAGAUGUACUGAUUGAGUGGGUUCAUUUCCCCAUUCCCUCAUAAGACAUAACUGCGAAGCCUUCGCAUGGCAUCAUCCUCGCCACUAGGCAGUCAUGGACAGCCAACAAGUCGACUCGUCUGACGCAACAAAGAAUUCCUGUAAGAGCGGUUUGGACGCGCGUGCAGUAUGGCUCUGCAUGAGAUUUCCCUCUUUUGAAAAGGUCCUCUUCAGCGAUCAGAAAGAUUCGAAAGCGUUUCCGACAGCUACUGCAGCAAACUCUGAGCAACAGGUCCUUUCACUGAUCGCGCGGCUUGGAUACCUCACCGGUCGAUCACUCCAAGCGCGAACUCCUUCAGAAUUGGAGGCUUACAUCAGCCUCGUCUCGACGGACAUCGAUGCACUUGUAGAUCGAUUCAGCAGGAUGAGCCAGGCAUACCCGCUGCCCGAGGAGCCCUGGCUUGCCAGUGCUGAAGUCUCGGUUGGUCCUGGUGGGAUUGAUGCGAUUUGGGUACUCUCCAGGCCUAGGGGUGAGUAUGAUAUUAAGCAGAAGCUGCGCACGAUAUCGGCAGAUACGUUAGCGGCAGCAGUCAGAUAUCAGACCCCAGCUUCUUGAGCGUAUCAAAAUCUCGGACGCCGGAGAUGCAUGAGUCCUCUUUGCGAC